UUCAGAUUUUGUUAAAAACCCAGACAGAAACGGGCUGGUGAACCGAACUUUUUUCGCAUUUUCUCGAUUGACAGUUUAUUUUGUAAAAAAAACCUGACCUAAGCUAAUAGCUAUCGUGUAAAAAAAUUCUGGAAUCUUCAAGGUGAAUUUACCCGGCUUCAUCUUUAUCAAAACGUCAAACCACGAGACAUACACUCGAAUGAACUUGUCACAUUUAUAAUAAAUUAUCUCGUGAUUAUGAAAGAACAGUGUUUCUUUUAGAAAUGGAAUUAGCUCGACAUGUGUGGCGGCGGUACUUAUUUGCAUACAAAUCUGGUGUGCAAUCGUCACUGCGAAAUGGCAGCAGUGCUACAACUUCGAAGGUAGCACGGGCAGUUCUUCCGGGAAAUGGGGAUUCCCGUUCGACUGUUCCGGAAGUUUUGGUGAAAACCGAGACGGUAUUUAACGCGCUUGGUGCUACCGAUGAACUUUCUUCUUAUAUAGGAUUGUCAAGAGAAUUUGCAUGUGCCGGCAAGGCCGAACAUCCUUAUAUCGAUAAGCUGAAAAGAGUCCAAAUGAUCCUCUUCGAUCUCAAUCACGCAAUAUCGAGAUCAGCACCCGGAAAAAUGAAACAAUUCGAAAAUAAUCACACUAAAGAUCUAGAAGAAUGGAUUUCGGAGUAUUCAUCUCAACUUCCACCUGCCGAGGAUUACAUUAUUCCUGGCGGAGGCCAAGCAAGUGCUUCCUUACACGUAGCAAGAACCAUUUGCAAACGAGCGGAGAGGAGUGUGAAUGUUUUAGUCAGGGAUGGAAUUCUGGAUAAGGAAGCGCAGAUAUACUUAAAUCGAUUAUGUGACUUCCUCCUCACUGCAUCCCGAAUCGCUGCGAAAUGUGAUCAACGUACAGAAACGAUUUAUAUUCCACGAGCAGAAGUGCGUGAGGAGAAAAUGAGCCAAUGACGGAGUGAUAAACAAUCUAUGACUGAACUGCUGAUGUUACAUACCUGCUAAUGUGCGACGAGACUUUGAUUUUAUAUCGCAAUGAUUACCAGUUAUUAUUUAGACUGCUCUGCUUACUUUAAAUAUGUCUGAAAGAUGCAUCAUUUUCUAAGUCGUGUUCGUACUCUUAUGAAAAGCUGCUGUCUUUAUUGUAACGACACAGUUAGAUUAAGGUUCGCGAAAGAAAAGCAAGAAGCUUAUUGUUACUCAACUUAGAUUCACAUGUAGAUAACUAGUACAAUUUAGGAUUGUACAUAGUCGCUGGAGAUAAACUCAGUUAUUUAUCUUGUUAUGUAUGAGUAUGUGCACGAUAUUUAUUAAAUAAAAUCGAAAAUUCUCAACAUA